AUGGAUGCACUGCUUGCCUCACCAAUGAUUUUAAAAGAAGUUGUGACAGAUGGCCACCUGGAGAUUGCCGCAUUGAUGAAAAGGGAAAGCAAGUACAAAGAAGUUGUGCAUCAGAAUGAUGUGUGGCAUGGUGCAAAAAACAUCACAAAAAAAGUGAAUGCUGCAGCUAAGGCUAAAGGAAAUGAUCAGUUGCUACUUUGGGUACCAUCCAUCCGAAAUCACUUCUGGCACUGUGCAAAGACCUGUGAUAACAAUUCCAAGAAUUUCAAGGACAAAUGGAUUGGUAUUCUUCACCAUGUUGUGAAUGAACAUGAAUGGGUUAUUGAGGAGGGCAUUAACGGAGGGAAAUGUGGCCAUGACCCACUUGGCGAUGAAGCAAGAACAAAACCCUGGUUGAAAAAGGAGUCAACUGCACAUAAAGCUCUUGCAAAGAUUGUGUUGGAUGUUCGAUUCUUAAACACAUUGAUCUAUUAUGUCAAUUUUAGACACACUGGAUUCUUAGAGUCGUAUCACAAUGUGAUUUUGAUGUAUGCUGCCAAACGACAGGCUUAUUCAAACCCAGUAUACAAAGCAAGGAACCUUCUGGCUGCCAUAGAUUUUAAUUGCCACAGAGGUAGAGCAUUUGCAACUACAGCUGAUGGUGAACCAAAGUAA